CGCGCACGCUGGCCCUGCGGAAUGUUCUGGGCAAUUGACAGCGAAUCCUUGGAAUACCGCUUCCGCCUCGCGGUGCGCUAUUUAAACCCGGGAUCGCAUUCAUUCCUGAUUUUGACUAAAGAAACUGUCGGUGGUCGUGUAGGUCGGCGAUAAUGCAGACCCUAACGCCUCACGUGUACUGGGCACAGCGGCAUGCGGAAAUUUACCUGCGAGUGGAGCUAAGUGACGCUCAGAAUCUCGACAUUAGCAUACAGGAGAAUGUCCUCCACUUCAAGGCCCAAGGACACGGAGCGAAAGGAGAUAAUGAGUAUGAGUUCAGCCUGGAGUUUCUGGCACCAGUAAAGUCAGAGGUGACCCACAGGUCUACACAGCGUCAGGUGAACAUCACGGUCCAGAAGAAGGAGCACUGCUGGUGGGACAGGCUGACCAUGCAAGAGCGCAAACCGCUCUUCCUGGCCCCCGACUUCGACCGUUGGUUGGACGAGUCUGACGCCGAGCUGGAGCAGCGCGCUAAAGAGCAAAUAAACAAGAUAUGCCUGGAGUCAAGGGUUCCAAAGGACCCAUUCCUGGGGCUGAAAAAGGGGUACCUGUUCAUGUACAACUUGGUCCAGUUCCUGGGCUUCUCCUGGAUCUUCGUCAACAUGACUGUGCGUCUCUUCAUAUUGCAAGAAGAUUCCUUCUACGAUACAUUCCACACCAUUGCUGACAUGAUGUACUUCUGCCAGAUGUUGGCGGUGGCAGAGGUGAUAAACCCUGCCCUGGGCCUGGUCAAGACCGGGGUGAUGCCAGCCCUGAUCCAGGUGGUGGGGCGGAAUGUCAUCCUCUUCGUGAUCUUUGGAAGCCUGGAGGAGAUGCAGAACAAGGCAGUGGUCUUCUUCGUUUUCUACCUGUGGAGCAUCAUCGAGAUCUUUAGGUACCCGUUCUACAUGCUGGCCUGCGUUGACACCGAGUGGAAGAUGCUCACCUGGCUGCGUUACACCAUCUGGAUGCCGCUGUACCCACUGGGGGUGCUGGCAGAGGCGGUGGCUGUGAUCCAGUCCCUGCCCAUUUUUGACGAGACACGCCUGUACAGCAUCCCUCUCCCCCAGGCCCUGGGUCAGUCCCUCAGCUUCUCCUACGUGUUGCAGAUCUACCUGGUGCUCAUGUUCCUGGGCCUCUUUGUCAAUUUCCGCCACCUCUUCAAGCAAAGGCGACGGCGGUUCCGCACCAAGAAGAGGAAGGCCAACUGAGAAGCCCAGAACCCAUCAAAUCAGCAGGAUGGAGGCUCCAUUGCCACUGCUGACUGCCUUCCUCCAUCCCAACACAGCAGUUAUCGUUCUCUCUCUCUCUCUCUGUCCAUGCUGUAGAGCAGUCAUUUCAAAUGCUACCUUUGCUCCUCUAAUGCAGCUGA